AUGCUGUUUUUCCUCAUUUUGGUCAUCUAUAAGAAGUUCCAGCUUGGCUGCACUGUAGGUCACAAUGAAACAGCAGUGGACAGCAUGAGCUCCCCAAACCUUCCCACCCAGGGGCUCAACACAAGCUGUGAGGCCCAGAUGUUCACAGCUGACUCACAGAUUGGUGUGCUGGCAUAUGUCUAUGCCUUGCACUGUGCGCAAGUCCUCCGGUUUUGUCCCACACUGCACUCUGCUCAGAGUGGAGCCAGAUGUUCUACACAGUGCCCAUUAUGGCUUUUGCCUUUGUCUGCCACCCUGAAGUGCUGCCCAUCUAUACAGAACUCUGCCGGCCCUCCAAGCGCAGAAUGCAGGCUGUGGCCAAUGUGUCCACUGGGGCCAUGUUCUGCAUGUAUGGGCUCACGGCGACCUUUGGAUACCUCACCUUCUACAGGUCUACCUCAGCCCCCAGCCUCAUUUUCAUCCUUCCCAGCAUCUUCUACUCCGCAUUGUGCCCUCUGA